GUAUACGCAGUGGCUUAUAAUAUUAUCAUCGAAUAACGCUGUGCGCUGUUUUUCACUCGUCAUUUGGCACUCGGCCAUUUAUAGACAAAUCGCGUGUUCGCCAACGCAGCUGCAACUGCAGCGAGCACAGUGUCGUUGUACAUUGUAACAUAGUUGUGUGUGUAUAUAUAUAUAUAUAGAUACUGAACUACCCGAAUACGCUUUGAAGUCUCACGAUCCGACAAUGGACGACGAAGAGUUUGAAGAAUCCAUGCGCAAAGUAAAUCUCAUAGGUGGAAUUAUUAAGGAUUUGAGUUCGAAGGAUGAAGUCAAAUCCAAAGUAGGUAUGCUCCGGGCUGAAGAGCUAUUGGGUAACGAUGAAAAGGUAUGGGAUGAGAGCUCACUGAAAACUGUGCUCAAUGGUACGAAGAUAAACCAUAAGGCUUUCGAAGACUUAGGAAAACCCGCAGAUGAAAUACCCGCAGAUGCCGCUGGAUUUAUGGCACACGUGGAGAGAGAUGCAAAACAGAGGUCCGAAGCUAAGAAAAAGGAAAUAAAACGUUCAGACUAUUUGAAGACGAUGGGAAAUUGUGAGUACCGUAAGGGGAACUAUGAAAAAGCUCUCAUCUACUACAAUCAAGCUAUCGAUGUGCGCAAAGACAGCUGCGUGCUAUUUACCAACCGGGCGCUGGCAAAGAUCAAUUUGGGUCUGAUGGACGAAGUUAUCGAAGAUUGUGAUCGAGCGUUGCGUCUCAAUAAACGAUCGCUGAACGCUGUCCUUUACAAAGCUGAAGCAUUAUGGGGGUUAGGCGAUAUCCAAGCUGCUGAGGAAUUACUAGAGACUGCUCUCAAAACUCAUCCUGAUCAGACGAAACGCAUACAAGAUUAUCAAAAAAAAUUAAGCUGCAGUUGUUAAUACUUAUGCUAUGAAUCUCGUCAGUUCUUUGCCACCUUAUUCAUGCACAUCAUUAUACACAAAAUAUGCAGUGAACCACGUAUUAUACACUUUUGAUGUUUUUGUGAGUCUUAACGUUUUUUCAAAAACUCUGUUACACAUAAUACAA